CGAGGCGGCCACCCGUGUCACGGCAGCCUCCGCCGGGGAGAGAGAGGCGCGAGGAGGCGGGAGCGAGCGCCGCGGAGUCGCUGCAGCUGGCGGGCCAUGGGGAGCCCGAAGGACGAGCUGCUCAAGCCCAUCUGGCACGCUUUCACCGCCCUCGACUUGGACAGGAGCGGCAAAGUCUCCAAGUCGCAGCUCAAGGUCCUUUCUCACAACUUGUGUACAUUGCUGAAUGUCCCACAUGACCCAGUGGCCUUAGAAGAGCACUUUAGGGAUGAUGAUGAAGGCCCUGUUUCAAAUCAGGGUUAUAUGCCUUAUUUAAACAGAUUCAUCUUGGAAAAGGUUCAAGGAAACUUUGACAAAAUCGAAUUCAAUAAAAUGUGUUGGACUCUGUGUGCCAGAAAAAACCUUGCAAGAAAUACUUUGCUCCUUUCUGAUGAUGAUGCUUUUAAAGUGUGGGUCAUCUUCAAUUUCCUAUCUGAGGACAAAUAUCCACUAGUCAUUGUACCAGAAGAGAUUGAAUACUUGCUUAAGAAGCUGACAGAAGUCAUGGGAUUAGGCUGGCAUCAAGAACAGUUUGAACAUUACAAGAUCAGCCUCGAUACCAGCUGGGAAGGUCUUUCUGCUUGGGAAUUGAUUGAACUGAUUGGAAGUGGUCGAUUUAGCAAAGGGAUGGAUAGGCAAACGGUAUCUAUGGCAAUUAAUGAAGUCUUCAACGAACUUAUAUUAGAUGUAUUGAAACAGGGAUAUAUGUGGAAGAAGGGCCACAAAAGGAAAAACUGGACAGAACGCUGGUUUGUUUUAAAACCCAGUAUUAUAUCAUACUAUGUUAGUGAAGACCUAAAAGACAAAAGAGGAGAGAUUAUACUGGAUGGCAACUGUACUGUAGAGGCUUUACCUGACAAAGAUGGGAAGAAAUGUCUCUUUCUUAUAAAAAGCUUAGAGAAAUGUUUUGAGAUUAGUGCCUCUGAUAAGAAGAAGAGGCAGGAGUGGGUUCAAGCUAUUCAGACAACUGUAAAUCUAUUGAGAUUAAGUAGCCCUCCACCUCACAAGGAGGCACGACAGAAACGUAAAGAGCUACGCCAGAAAUUGCAGGCUGAACAAGAAGAACUGGAAAGGCAGAUGAAAGAGCUGCAAGUGGCAAAUGAGAAUAAGCAGAAGGAACUGGAGACUGUUCGAAAGCAACUCGAGGAAGCUGCAGCUCGAGCUUCAGAAGAGGAGAAAAAACGUCUGCAGACUCAAAUGGAAUUGCAAGAUCGAUUCAGUCUUGAACUGGAGAGAGAAAAAAUGGUAAGACAGAAAAUGGAAGAACAGGUAGCCCAGAAGUCAUCUGAGCUGGAACAGUACUUGCAGAGAGUCCGGGAACUUGAGGAAAUGUAUAAGCAGUUACAGGAGGCCUUGGAGGACGAAAAACAGGCACGCCAGGAUGAGGAGACUGUCAGGAGACUUCAGGCCAGACUACUGGAGGAAGAGUCUACCAAGAGAGAAGAACUGGAGAAAUGGCAUUUGGAGCAGCAGCAGACCAUUGAGGUGACUGAAGCAGAGAAGCAGGAGUUGGAAAACCAAAGAAUGUUGAAGGACCAUGCUCUUCAAGUUGCCCUGCAACAGUUAGAACAACUGGAACUGGAUAGGAAGGAAGCACUGGAACAAUAUGAGGAGGUCAAAAAGAAGUUGGAAGUUGCAGCAAACAAGACCAAGAGUUGGAAAGAUAAAGUUGCUCACCACGAGGGAUUAAUUCGAUUAAUUGAACCAGGUUCCAAGAAUCCUCACUUCAUCACAAACUGGGGACCAGCAGCCUUCACUGAAGCUGAACUUGAGCAGAGAGAGAAGAGUUGGAAGGGGAAAAGGGGCACUUCUGAGCAAUGAAUAGAACAAAAAGUGAUAACCCUGAAGUAGGGUCGGUUCUCUGGAGCUCAUGGCAGGCAGCGGGGUGCACAGAGACAGAACCAGGCAGCUCUUUCCAUUCAUUUGACUGGGAUAUACAUGAGUGUUUCAUGCAAGUUGUCUUGAAGUUCAUGGAUUCUAUCCAGUAUUAAUGCUGGCUGAAGUGUGAUCCCCACGCCCAGUGAUUUUGGACUUUUACCAAGUAAGACAGAAGAGCAUCAGCUAUAUUGGGCUAUUUGUGUAAUUAGCUCCAUGGUUAUUUUUUUUGUUUUGUUUUAUUAACUACUUUUUAAAUUAAAAAAUCAACAAAUGGUUAUGUGCAUGAAUAUAUUAAUGAAAUUUCUCAGACUUUUAGUUGCUGUACAAUAAGCAUUAUUUUUAUGCUGAUGAUGCAUUCACAUUGAAUUACCUAUACUAGCGCUAUUGUAAUUGGUUAAAAUCUGAGAAACAAGUUGGGAUUGUAUUUAUGAUGUCCAAUUUAAUGUGUAGUGUUAAGUUGCAUUAGGUAAUCUAACCGUUAAUAUUUUUCCUUACUGCAGUAGUAUAUUUGUAGCAGUUUAAGGAAGCACCAGUAAUUAUUGUUUUCACAUGUUCUGUUCGUUUUUACUAGAGCAUCUAUUAAAACAAAUUAAGUCUAA